UGCACGCAGGCCAAGGAUGGCACUGGCGCCACGGUCACUGGCCAUCACGGUGUUCACCUGCAGGUCCGUCGCCAUCAUUCUGCAGGUGGCGAGUCUGACCUACGUCUUGAUGGCAGAAGAACUGGGCUUCUCCGUCUUCAUAUUCCUCAAGCUUGUGUUGGCGGCGGAGCUGAUCUUGAACUCGGCGCGGCUGCUCUACGAUGGCACGCAGGCCUUCUUACACCAGCCACUGCCGGCCGAACGUUGGAUGAUGUCGGCGCUUGUGGCCGUAGAUUUGGUCAUGCUGCACGCCCUCUUCGCUGCUGGGGCGAGCUCCCUGGGGGUGGUGGACUACCUCGACAAGACCAUGAGGCAGUGCGCACUGCUACCUUCCCAUGCUUGCGAUCGGUUCUGGGCAUCGGGCAUACUCACCGUGCUGGCAUCGGCUUUCACCGUCCCGGUCAUCAUCAUCAUGUUCCGUCUGCAUGUGAUCUGGGAAUGGGAUCACGCCGCCGCCGCCGCCGCCCAUGCAUGACGUACGGAUACUCCACGGCAAGGCCAAGAUGACACUGGAGUGGGAUCACGCCGCCGCCGGCGAUCUCUGGGAUUCGGAAACUAAUUAUAUGUUUUCUUUGGCUAUGGUUAUGCAGAAGUAGUACAUUUAAUCGAUCCGUAGGCCAUAUAUUUAGCUUUGCUUUGCCUAGCUAUCUUUGUGUGCGUAGCAUGUACGUGUGCACUUAUCUUCGUAUACAUGACAUAUACGGAUCUAAAGUGAAGCAAACUA